AGAAGAUGAAUAUAUCCAUGUUCAUUAAUAGGAUCACCGGUCUCCACGUUCCGAUGUAUAGAAAUGAUCGGGAUAUCUGGGUUUAAUUGGUCGGACGCUGCCUGUGAAGACCUCAAUGCCUUUAUUUGUGAAAAACCAGCCCAGCUCCUUAAUUGUGAUGGUGAAGCAUACAUCGUCCAUUUGGAGCCAAACAAACUCACCAAGAUCAGUUUCCCGCCUUUUUUUGACCCAGAGCAACCAUUCUUAUUUCCUCCAUAUGAGAAAAAUUUAACUUGUGUUUGGAAUAUUUUGCCACCAACGGGAUACAGAAUUGUCAUAGAUUUUUAUUUACUCUGUAACGACGAUUUAAAGGCAUUUCAAGGAAAUACUUCAUUCGACAACAUUUCGUGCGAGAAUAGUUUCGGAAAUUAUGAACUUGAAGAUCUAGUUUUGCAACUAUUAUUUACAACAAAUUCUGUCUCUAAACUUGGAAGCGAACAGGGAUUUCAAUUCAGAUUUUUCGCAACCAGUUUAAAAGGAGAAACGACCUGUGACACGGAAGGAGUUCCAUUAAAGGCCUCAUCUAAGAAACAAAUCCUUACAUCCCCAGGAUUUCCGCUAAGCAAAUCAGCAUCGUGUGUAUGGACCAUAGUUUCUCCAGUACAUGGAUCCAAUAUCUAUGUUCAGUUUAGGUACUUAAACAUCAGCAAUGGCGGGGAACUUCAAAUCUGGAACUUUGCUUGGCCACAUAUGAAUUCCAUGUUUUCUAGAUCAUCAGUUUUAGACGAUUCUAGGACUUUGAAGUACUCUGGAGAAAAGAUUGUUCUGAAUUACACCAGUCACGACUCAACGUCUGGACACCAUGGCUUCUCACUGGUCUUUUUUACGGAUGAAGAGCGCGCUGAGAUUUGCAGUCAACCUUCAGUUACCAAAGAAUUGAAUAAAUAUGGAAUAAUUAAUCCGGAAGAUAAAUUCAUGAUUUUUUCAGUGAAAGCAUCAAACCCUUUUUCUGCAAUAGAGCUGUCGAAUUCUUUCAAUAUAGAACUAGUUUCGACGGGUGGAGAAAGUGUUUUUGUUACAUUUCAUUCAAACUACCGAUACUUAUUUCCUUAUACUUGCAUAAGAAAAAUGAAUGUAACAGGUGCUUGUCUGGAAAGAUACGAUGGUAUUGAUUUAGGUGACACAAUGUUUCAAGAUUACUGGAUUUCUUGGUUUGACACACUAAAGGUUGGACGCGGAAGGAUACAAGGAGAAAACGUCAUAAUGGACCUCCGGAUUUACAAUCCAAUGAGUGUUAAUUUCUCGUCUGUUCAGAGUGAACGAGAUACAAGUUGGAACUUUUAUGGUUCUACUGUACGCACAGAUUUUGUGGAGAUAUGCCACACCUCGAUAGGACGUACCACUGAACCAUUUAAGAGACUGUGGGGACACCAACUUCCGGUUCGGGGUUACGACUACCUUGGCUUCUCCGUCAAGGCCUGUGAACGCGCUAUUGUUGAGUUCCAAAAUACAGACAUGGAUUUCAUACGGAUUUUGUUCGAUACUCCCGUAGGUGAAAGUAGUAUACUUGUCUCCUGCAUCACUAAUUCGUUUAGUUUUGACAACAUCGACGAGUGUAUUUCUGAUGUAUAUUUCGGUAGAGUCUUAAACUGUACCGAAUACAGAGACUUUUGGAUAUCUUGGGGAGGAGGUUCAGGCAUGCAGGUUGGAGAAGGUAAAAUCGUGGGAACUAAUACCAUCAUCAAGAACACUACUAACUUUAAUCCAGUUGAGGAUUCGUUUGUGGUUGGAAAUGAUCACAGUGUUGAUGUUUCCUUUUCAUCUUUAUGGCUUUUUGAUCGGCCAAGUCCAAAGCCAGAAAUCAUCAACAUAACUGCAAGUUAUGUGGUUCCCUCUCCAUAUGAAGUCGAAAACACAACACUGACAAUGUCUGCACACAUAAAUGUAGUAUUUGAAUUUCAGGUAAAAUGGUUUAGGAACGGAAUUCUUGUUACACCGUCUUUUGGGAGGUACUUGAUCCGCCAAUCGUUUAUAGAAGUGAUGAAGUGCUCACUCACAAUCUUACAGCUAGAUCUUCAAGAUGAAGUAAAGCCAGAAAUUCAGAUUGAAAUCUUGCCACACUCCGGAGUUUUCAUUCAAGCAGGGAAUACAUUAAAUCUUGUUUGUAACAUAACAAAUCUGGACAAUUUACAGAGGUUUUCGAUAAACGUUUCCCUGUUGACGUGGUAUAAAGAUGGAAUCAAAAUACAAGAAAAUUAUAAUCGGGCAAUUGUCACCACCCAUCGGUCCUCCAAAACACUGCACAUCAUUCACGUUCAGCAAAGUGACAGAGGGAUAUAUACCUGUAACCACGAGAGAUAUCGGACACCAGGGGUAAAAAACGUAGUAGUGGGCAUUUAUAACCAGGACAAAACUCUUUGCCCUUCAUCCAUGGACAUCUACGGAAUUUUUUGGCCACCCUCGAUUCCUGGAACGUUAGUACAUUCCAAGUGUAAAGAAAGCAAACAAGGAAAUGCUAGCAGAUAUUGUGAUUAUGAUGGCACAUGGAAAGAAACAAAUGUAUCAAACUGUGACGAUGAAGAAUUGUCCAAUGCCGUGGAAGAGCUCCAAAACCUAGAAAACGAAGGCAUUGUUGAUAAAGAGUAUAUAGAAAAAAUCUUCAAUAGUUCCUUAGGUGUAACAGAGAAUAUAACUGCUUCUAGGUCUGGUAUUUCAUCGGGAAAUCUGUUGGCCUGCAUAAAUAUCCUUAAUAUUAUUCUAAAUAUAGCAACACGAAGCAACGCUUCUUUACCAGAAAGGGAUUUAUACAGCAUAAUGAACAAUAUCCUUGCUAUAUAUAAUAAGGAAGCGUGGAGGAUUAUUGAAGACGAGGUAAUUGGAUCAGAUUCGAUUUUUAAGAUUAUGGAUCGGAUGAAUUUACUACUCAUGAACGAGUCUCAGCCCGUUAAAUUUACAGGUGAAAAUAUAGUUGUCCACAUCAACAAUGUGUCUCUUAAAGAUACAGACCUAAGAUUUUUGGAGAAUGACUCGUUUUUCGUCCUUCCGAAACAAGAAAAAGACACUUUUCAAGUUACUUACUAUGCCGCUGUUCUAUAUAAAACGAUGUCUCAACUUUUACCCAAUAGGAUACACCAUGUUUCUGGCUCAAAAAACGACACGGUUAUCAACUCGGUAAUUUUGGCUUUAACACUGAAGCAUCCAAUCCUUCCUUUAUCGCCUCCACUGGCACUGACCUUUCAACACAAUAGAGUAAGACUUGGUGAAGCAAACUGUGUAUUCUGGAGUUACUCCAUAUUUAACAAUUCUGGAGGAUGGUCAACAGAAGGUUGUUCUAUGAACUCCACAGAGAACGGCGUGUCUGUCUGUCUGUGUAACCACACUACAAACUUUGCCGUUCUCAUGAGGCCAUAUACACCGGAAAAAGAGGACUCGGCCCUGGUGGUAAUAUCCAUUGUUGGUUGUGUUUUAUCCAUGAUCUUUAGUCUACUUACGGCUGCUGUCUUCAUUAGUAACUGGAAACACAUCAAAGGUGACAAGAAUGUGUUGAUAGUCAUCCUGUGUGUAUCUCUUUUCCUCGUAUACCUCACUCUACUGGCAGGGAUUGAUAAUGCACAAAAUGAGGCUACCUGUGCUGCUGUUACCUUUCUCCUUCAUUUUUUCCUUUUGCUCACCUUCUUCCUGAUGUUAGGAGUAGGAUUAUACCACUGUAUGAACGUUACUGUGUUAUUUUAUGCUAUGGCCAUUACUAACAGAUUCAACUCGCGAUCGAGGCUUAAAUUGAUUCUUGGAACCACUACUUGUAUUUCUUUGGUUAUCGUUUUUCUUACUCUGGGGAGCUGCUGGGAGACACAGUAUCACGCCGAAAAAUUUUGUUGGUUGUCGGUGUCCUCGGGAGCUAUCUAUGCCUUCAUCGUUCCUCUUAUUCUUAUAUUCCUGAUGAACAUUUGUAUAAUUGCCUCAUUACUACGGGUUAUGUUUCUGACGACUAAAAUGAAGAAAGCAGAAUUUAAGGAAAAAGUCAGAAAUGCCUUAAAGAGUGUGUGUACUCUUGUUCCUGUUCUUGGGAUUGCCUGGAUUUUUGGAAUCUUCGCCAUUAAUGAGGAUCUUGUAGCAUUUCAGUAUAUAUUCACCAUUGCAAACUCGAUACAGGGACUGUUGAUAUUCAUCACUCAAGUCUUGCUGAAUAGAAAGAUAAGGAAUGCUUUGCUGGUGAAAUACCCAUUUUUAAAGAGAAAAAGAGACAAAACAACUGCAAAGGAGAAAUAUCGAAGAACAGUAUCUAGCACAGGGUCGGAAAAUACCAUACCAAACACACAGAGAACAGGGAUAACUAAUUCGAGUUAUGUGGAUUAUAAGGACCCCAAGGAGUUUGAAAGUACCACACAGCUCCAGGCAGAACGUAAAAUAUCAUUGACAUCUUAUGGAAAUACAGAUUCUGACAAUCAUUCCCAGGAGAUUUCAACAGAAACACAAGUAAUGAAAAAACUAGUUGUCAGCUUAAACUACUUAAAAGUAACUUAA